AUGUGUUCUUGUAAUGCCAAUGGACUCAUGGAGCGCAGGUACAGUUUUGGAGAUGUCUGUAAUGCUUUAGAAAUCAUUGAAGGUGACAAUAUUGGCAAGGGCCCUUCUAAUCCAGCGUGUGGUAUAGUUUCUGCUACAGGAAUUCCCAAACCCCCACCAUUUCUUCCCCUAUCCACUGUUAGGAAAAGGCUACUCGACGAGUUGAUUCUGGGUCAGGAAUCCGCUAACAUGCUUCGAGUAAUUUUGUGUAAAACUCAUAUGGAUAAAAGGUGUAAAUUACAGCUAUUUGCUCAAAGCUUGAUGGACAAGAUCUUGGAUUCAUUUGACAAGAGUCUUUCAAUUCUAAACUGUAACAAGUACAAUAAGGUUUCUGAUUUUCUGGUGAUGGAUUCGUCGGAUUCUGAUGGCCAGAAGUCAGAAGAUUCCACGAAGCGUACCAACACUUCAGAGUCCUUAACAUUUUCGAAACGCAGGAGAACUUCGAAGACAUGGACAAGAGAGACCGUUGCUGCUUCGUUUGCAGAUGGCCAUGUAUGGAGGAAAUAUGGGCAAAAAGGUAUACGCAAUGCCGAACAUCCAAGGAGCUACUUCAGGUGCACCUACAAGUAUGAUCAAGGAUGCCAAGCAAGAAAACUGGUCCAAAAAAUUCAAGAUGAGCCACCAUUGUAUAGGACAACAUACCACGAGCACCACACAUGUAAGAAUCUAUAUGAAGAAUCUCCAAUUAUUACGGGUAACACUACAAAAGAUUCUUCCAUCAUCUGGAGUUUCGACUCUCAAGAACAGAACUAUAAACCUAAUGGCAAGAUGAUUCCAACAUUGCCCAAAAUGCCGCUGGAAACUAAGGAAAAUUUUCAAAUUUUGCAUCAAAACAAAUCAUCAUCACCAUCUGAUUACUUCAUAUCGCCUGAUAUAACAACAUUUGAAAGUUUUGGGCAUUUCUCUGAUUUUUCAUCAGCAUUUGAUCAAGGGCAUGUGAUUUGUUCUGAUAUGGAUAUAGAAACGAUGGUAGGGUCCGUUUUUGAUGAAUUUCUUGAGUUAUGGCAGACUGGCUAG